GCGCAAGUCCGAGCGAACGUUGCGUUAUUUUAGAGUUUUCAGAUUCGCCGAUUUGGCAUUUGGCUUCGGUGACAGAUAUAAAAGAUAACGAAUGAUAACUAACUUGAGAAUUAAAAAAACAUUAAUUCUUUCAAGAGUCUCAAGCCGGCAGUAUGGGCUUCCUGACGUCCGUGUUUGUGGUCUUAGUGGUCUUGGUGGUGGCCGUCAAGGCCUGGUACCAAGGCACCAUGCGCAUGUGCCGCAGCACGCGCCGAUUAGAUGGAAAAGUGGUCAUAGUCACAGGAUCUAAUACAGGAAUUGGGAAAGAGACCGCGCGAGAUCUAGCGAGGAGAGGCGCUCGCGUUUACCUGGCCUGCAGAGAUCUCUCCAGAGGAAAAGCAGCUCGAAGUGACAUAAUUGAGAGUACGGGCAACCACAAAGUAGAGGUCCUCAAGUUAGAUCUCGGAUCGCUGGCGUCCGUACGCGCAUUUGUGCAGGAGUUUCUCUCCAAGGAAAAACAACUGGACGUGCUCGUCAACAAUGCUGCAGCCACUGGCUUGGAAAACAAACUUUCCAAGGACGGACUGCAGCAGGAAAUGCAAAUCAACCACUUUGGCCCAUUCCUGCUCACUGUUCUCUUGCUGGACGUUAUAAAGAAGACACGGUCCAGCAGAAUAGUCACAGUGUCUUCGUUGGCCCACAAAUACGGUACAAUCGACUUUGCCAACCUUAACUGUGAGAAGGCAUUUCCGGGAGGAGCUAAACUGUACUCCAAUGCCAAAUUGGCCAAUGUCCUCUUCGCUAACGAACUCGCCAGAAGAUUAGAGGGAACAGAUGUGACAAGCAACAGUCUGCAUCCAGGGGUGGUGAAAACAGAAAUUGCCCGCAGAAUGCCCUUACCAAACGUGCUUUAUAAGCUCCUCGGCUACGUAACAGCAUUCUUCUUCAAAAACGAAUACGAAGGAGCCCAAACAAGUAUUCAUUUGGCCGUGUCGGAAGAGGUGGAGGGCGUCACUGGCAGAUAUUUCGUCGACUGCAAGGACGCGAAAAUGUCAGCGGACGCAAAGAACCAAGAGCUUGCCAAGAAGCUGUGGGACAAGUGUGUGCAGCUGGUCAAACUAACUCCAGAAGAAAUAAAGCUGUAAAUAUAAUAAAAGUCACGCUGCGCGCUCUUGGAAAUGCAAGAAUAAAGCUCUUUAA